CCUCGCAAUCGUGCAUGGACCACACUCUUCUUCCCUCCACCGACGUUCCGCUCUGCUAACCUCACCUUCCCCAUUCCCAAUCUCAACGCGCAACAUGUCUUCGGCAAACUAUCAGCUCGACGCAGACGACUUCGUGGAGCAGUGUUUCCCCAGCCCAACGACAGGCCUUCGUCCGAUCAGGAACAUCAAGCUGUGCGGAAAGCGGUGCCCCGUAACGGAGUAUGAACGCUACGUUGACAUCACCAACAUGCUGAAUCGUUCGGGACAUUGCCAUGGCUUCCGGUUCAUCACGAUUUACCACAAGCGUGCAGACGGCGCGAAUCGUGCAUGGGCAGCGGCGUGGCCUAACAAGGCCGCGCCACCGAAGAGGCUUGUAACGUCGCGGCCUAGCGAGCAGCGGCUGGAGCCCAUGCACCAAUACUCCAUGGAUAUCCCCACCAUCUGCUACGGCGCCGAGGAGAUAUCCAACGAUCCGUUCUACCAGUAUAGCCUUUCAGUCCACGCCCAGUUGAACGCCGACGACACCCGCAUUUUGGAUCGAGUGCUUUGGCGCGUGGGGAUCGCGUUCAGCUACCAACACCGGAAAUUUUGCUAUGUAUUCCUGUUCUUUGGUUACAAGGCCCGCAUUCUACGCGUAGACCACUCUGGCAUCACGUUUUCAGACUACAUCGAUUGCUCCACAAACGCCACGCACCUCCUGGACUUCCUGCGUAGGUUCUCGCAAGCGUCGCCCGCCGACCGCGGAAUAGACCCUACGGCGGAACACAUCCCGCACGACUCGCCUCUCGCAGACAAGAUGCGACUGCGUGCCCAGCUCAACAAGGACCCUGACAACCCCCUGGACUACCCACGCCAGGUGUUUGAACAGUCGCUCCAGGAGAACUGGCCCUGGUUCAAGCUCCCCAUCGGUGAGGGCGCCUCCCGCCGCGAAUUCCUCGUCGCAAGGCCUCAUUACGAACGUCAAUGCGCUCUCCCGGACACCGGCUCACGAGGGUACAUCGGGUUGGACCUGGGCGACCCCGACCAGCGCCUCGUUUUUCUGAAGGAUAUGUGGCGACCGAUCAAUAUGGGACGUCUUCAGGAGGGUGAUAUCGUUGCACGGCUGAACGCCGCGGGUGUUCCUUACGUGCCUACUCUGGUGUGUCACGGAGUUGUCGACGGCCAGAUUACGCUCUCCGAUCGGGUGUACCGCCGUGCGUCAAUCCUAGCUCGCGAGCACUAUCGCGUCGCGAUGUUGGAGAUCGCGAAGCCACUCAAGGAGUUCAGCGACAGCAAGGAGCUCCUCGGCGCGUUGAUGUGUUGUAUCAUUGCCCAUAAGAAAGCAAUGCAAAUCCCAAUCAUGCACCGCGACAUCAGCAUCGGGAACAUCCUCCUCUGCUGGGACCCCGUGCUCAAGAAAUGGCAAGGAAUGCUCACCGACUGGGAGGUCGCGACUGACUUUACCGGGAAAUGUACCGUCAACGGGAAGCCUGAUAACGGUUGCGGUACGAGCGCGUUCGCUGCGGUCCGCCUUCUGGAUGGUACCAUUGGCCCGAAAGAGCGGCAGCCCGAGGACGACAUGGAGGGCUUCCUGCACGUCCUCGUCUACGCGGCCGUGAGCUUUAUGCCCAGCAACCUCAAGAACGUCUGCGCGUUCAUCCAGCGCUACAACAACGAGGACCACUACCUCGCGAUCAAGAACGGGUCAUACCGCGCCCGCUGCGUCGCGGAGGCGCAGAUCCUCAUCUCCAAGAAGAGGUCCGGGACGAAGCUGCAGUUCGCUCUCCCCAGCAGCGCCGCGGUGCGCUCGACGCGCCGUCCGCGGUACACACAUCCCCUCAACGAAGUGAUCCAGCAGCUCCUUGAUUGGCUGCACGCCCGAUACGAGGUGAUGGUCCCGACGUGGAAAGAUCGAGAGUAUGGGCCGCCCAAGGGCUCAGAUAACAAGAUCUUCACCGCGGACCGGAUAGUCAAGUUGUUCGAGGACGCCAUGCAGGACCCCCAGUGGCCGUCCGGGGAUAGGUGCGAGGACCGGCGCCCCGCAGAUUUCGAGGAUAUACCGAUCGAGCGCACUGCUAUUCGCGAGGUGCUCCCGGACGACGUUCCUGUCCCGCGUCCUAAACGGCAAGAGCGGCCUGAAGUAAAGCCCCCGCCAGCCAAGAGGAGGCGGCGCGCGUGAAGAUGGUUAUCGCUUUCGUUCUAUCACCGGCACGCGUCCAUGUGUGAGUGGCCGAUGGUCAAAGACAUUUCUGUCCGUCCGCACUUGUAUAUCCAGUGGUUCUUUUUUGGACUUUACUUUCCUGUACUCACUUCAUUUGUACUUGUACUCGCAAUCAUCAUCAAACGACGCAUACCGC